AUGACUAAUGAAUGGCUCCAGUUGAAUCUAGAUAGUCAAUGUGACAACGGACAAUGUGAAUGUGAGAAAUCUCCUGAUAUUAUUGCAAACAAGAGAUAUAACACCCCAGUAAAUGGCUUCUUUAAGGUUAUUCACACGGAUAAAAAUCAAAACACAUUUAGGCUGUAUGGAGAACUACAAGACGGAAGCAAAAUAGAAGAUAAUGGAGAUAUACAUGCUGUAAAAGAGGUUUCCAUUUACUACUGGAAUAGGGAACCUAGCAAACCUAUUUUAAUUGAAGUUAAGUAUGGUAGUGGUACACAUACCUAUUAUGCUCGGGGUGCUGGUAGUCAAUGGAUUGAACAUGAUCAACUCUCAAAAGAUGGUGAGAAACUUGAGAAGGAACUAGAUGACCUAGUUUGUCAACAUUACGAAUCAGUUACUUUAGACCUUACCAGGAGUAACUCUGAGCAAUAUGCCCAACCUGCGAAUAAUAAGUACUGUUGCCCUUACCAUAGUAGUGGGUAUAAAGUCUCCGUUGAGGAAAAAAAAUUUUCCUGUGCUAAACAUCCUGAAUACAGUCACAUCAAAGCCUAUAACCACUCAAUUACUGGUGGAACAAAAAUUGCUGCUAUUAUAUUUCAUGAUGGUGCUGGAACUAGGAAGAACAUAACUUUGAAACAUGUCCCUAACCUUCCCAAUCUCUGGUGUCAAGGUAUAUAUGCAUUAUACUGUGGAGGGAAUGAUCCGGUACUUAUAUAUGUUGACUCACCCGGAAGCCUUACGGCUAAAGGAUGGUACGAACCAAAUCCUACUGGUGGUGACGAUCAACCAUGGGUAAUGGUAUCCAAUGGACCAGAUAACAGUCCAGAUGAAAUCAAAAACUGUAGCAGCGAAGGUUGGGAAACACUCAAAGAAGUACUACAGAAGGCUAGUGGAUGUGAAGAAUUUGGAAAAUGUUUUGAUCCUGCUCCUCAACCUCGUACUGAAACUCGUGAAGGCGACUCUCACGGAACUUCUCAAAUCUUUCCUUGGAAAGAGACUGUCUUUGGAGGUCUCGCUACUGUAGUUUCUGGUUCUCUUACUGGAUUUGGUUGGUGGUUGUACAAACGUUCUAAAGGAGAUCCUUGGGUACGACAGAUUUAA